GGAAGGGGGUGGGGGGGUGGGUUAGUCGGAGGCUGGGCAGCGCUCUCUGGCAGCAAACGAGGACAGAAACAACUAACACGACAAGGUGCCGACCUCGAUAGGCCUGGGUACCGGCUGGGAUGCCGGCAGGGAUCUGUAGUGGGAACAGGACACCGGCAGUCUCGACCCUGGAGGGGAACCCGACGACCACAACCCUGGAAGGGAGCCUGGCGGUCUCGAUCCCGGACGGGGUUCCGGCAGUCUCGACCCUGGAAGGGAGUCCGGCGGCUUCUACCCUGGAGGGGAGUCCGGCGGCAUCAACCCCUCCCGCUGAGAUCCCUCUGUCUGCUGGGUCCGUCGUUCUGUCACGAGUGUGGGUGGUGGGUGAGACAACAGACAAGGAUACACAGACAGAGGACCCAGAUGCAGACAGCGGGUAAGGGGUUAACAUGGACGUUUAAUAAAAUAAAACACAAAAUACAAAACAAAGACCCACGUGGGGGUAAACAGAGGGAACAAGAACAAGACUAACUAUACUGACAAGACUAGACUAAUAACAAAUCACAUAACUACAAAAUAAACCAGACUAACUAAACUGACAAGACUAGACUAAUAACAUAUCACAUAACUACAAAAUAAACCAGACUAACUAAAAGACAGGAACUCAGGAACUCACCCACAUGACAAACGCAACACAGUGUAAUGACCCGACACAAGACAGAGAACACAGGGGCAUUAAAUAAAGGGACAAAUCAAAGGGGAACAGGUGUGGGGCAUGAACUAAUAAACAACCAAUAACGAGAGAUACAAAAUGGCGGGAACAGAGACGCCACACCGGAGAGAGGGAGUAUAUGGAAUGCCAAAACUGUCUCUCUCUAAAACAAGAGGUUCUAUCAUGGUUCUGCCACUAGAUCAAGAAAAGCAAGACAAGGUGGGGCAGAACCAUGACACAGGCCUUCACAAAUAAUGAUUAGAAGUGUUGAAGUCAAGCCUUCAUUUUCUAACCUAUUUUGUACCAUACAAAAAUCUCAUUUACUAUUUUAUUAUUUUAUAAUAACCAGACAAAAAAAAUGUUGGAUGGCAGUCCACAGUCUCUGUGUGAAAAAAGCUUUUGAAUGACCCAACACAACAACAUUAGCUCAGACUUUGGUCUCUGAAAUUUUCAAAAUUUUUUGACAAUUCUAAGAUCACAGUGUGGUCUUUUCAGAAAAAUGUUAGUAAACCAUUCAUAGGAUGACAACGCUGAUAAACCCUGAUCACUUCAUCAUGAACAAAUCUUGUAAGGAAUUUAUUGAUAAUAGUUGUUAAGGGUCCGUUUCAUGUUUUGUUGAGUGAUAUCUGUCCUAACUGUGCCUGGGCUGCUGGAGAAAUGCUGAAGAGGUCAGAGUGCACACCGGUUAAUGUGUAAAAGCAGGUGUUCCAGCACAUACUUCACCUCUGUCCCAUUCAAGCCGGAACCGCCCCCUUCUACCCUCGGUACAAAUAACAACAAUCAAGGCAACACACCGCAGAGCGUUUCCCAAGCUAGCGCUGUAAGUGACUUUCUGAGAGAUGGAGGCCUCAAGCUCAUUGGUGUUGCUCUUAAUACUGGCCGUGUUGGUGUUGGUCAUAUGGCGGAGGACGACGAGUGGACGUUCUUUACCUCCAGGCCCGCUGGCACUGCCACUGAUUGGCAACUUACAUGUGAUGGACAACCGUGCACCCUUUAAAAGCUUCACAAAGUGGAGCAAAACCUACGGGCCUGUGAUGACGGUGUACCUCGGGCCUCAGAGAACAGUAGUUCUGGUGGGUUAUGAGACCGUGAAGGAGGCCCUCGUGGAUCACGCAGAAGACUUUGCAUCCAGAGCUCCUAUUCCUUUCCUAUACAGAGUUUUGAAAGGCUACGGUACGUGAAGAGUUUGUGUUUCCCUCACGUUUAUUAACAAAUUCAUUGUAGUUCAGUCUGGUCUGGUCAUUAGUAACGGCGAGCGCUGGCGACAUCUCAGGCGUUUCACUCUCACCACGCUGAGAGAUUUUGGGAUGGGCCGCAAAAGAAUGGAACAGUGGAUUCAAGAAGAGAGCAGAUACUUCGUGCAGAGUUUUGAGGAAACCAAAUGUGAGGGAAGAGAGCACCUGACUAGUCCAAUAGAAAUAUCAAUGGAGCGUGCUGCAUUCAAGGCUGUCAAAAUGAAUAGAUUGUAAUGAGUUUUUUAUUGGCCCACAGCCGCACCGGUAGAGCCAGCCUACAUUGUGAGCCGAGCCGUGUCCAAUGUGAUCUGUUCUCUGGUGUUUGGGCAGCGCUUUAGUUACGAAGAAGAAAACUUUCUUCACUUGCUCCAUAUCAUGUCCAAAAUUGUACGCUUCAUCAGCAGCCCUUGGGGUCAGAUGUACAAUGUCUUUCCUGGACUAAUGGAACUCCUACCAGGUAAACAUCAUGCCAUGUUUACAGAGAUAGAUGACAUCAAAAACUUUGCCAUGGGUAAGAUCAAGGAGCAUGAGCAGGAUUUAGACUUCCAAGACCCACGAGACUUUAUCGACUGCUUUCUUAUCAGACUCAAACAGGAGAAGGACAAUCCUGACACAGAAUUCCACACAAACAACUUAUCGGCGACUGUUUUGAAUUUGUUUCUGGCUGGUACAGAGACCACCAGCACGACUAUCAGAUACGCCCUAAUGCUGCUGAUCAAGCACCCGCACAUACAGGAGGAAAUGCAGAGGGAGAUUGAUCAAGUUAUCGGACGGGAAAGAAUCCCAACAAUGGAAGACAGGAAGUCCCUCCCCUUCACGGACGCUGUGAUUCAUGAAGUUCAGCGAUAUAUGGACAUUGUCCCACUCAGUGUUCCUCAUUACGCCACACGUGACAUCUCAUUCCGAGGUUACGUGAUUCCAAAGGUAACAAUCUCUAGAGCUCAUACGCUGCUCUUGUAUUUUACCUAUUUACAUUUGUGAUUUCUCCAGGACACAGUGAUCAUUCCCCUGUUGCACUCUGUCCUGAGGGAUGAGGGACACUGGGAGAGCCCUUGGACAUUUAACCCCAACCACUUCCUGGACGCCAAUGGCAACUUUAAAAAGUGUCCAGCCUUUAUGCCCUUUUCUGCAGGUAAACGCUCUUGUGUUGGAGAAUCUCUGGCUCGUAUGGAGCUAUUUCUGUUCAUCGUGUCUCUACUUCAGAAGUUUAGCUUCACUAGUCCAACGGGUCCAGAUAGCGUAGACCUCAGUCCUGAACUCAGCAGUUUCGCCAACAUGCCUCGAUACUAUCAGCUCAUUGCCUCCCCCCGCUGAUCGACGUGGACACGGGGACCUCUCUCAAAAUAAGCGCACUUGUCAGAGAAAAUGAAAUCGACACG